CCUAUAUACCCUAGUGUCAGGGUCGCUGCCCUUCGAUGGACAGAACCUCAAGGUGUGUGUGGGGAGAUGGAGGGGCAGGUGGGUGGGUGAGUUGGUGACCUAGAGAGGUGUGUGAAAUAGUGAUGGAGAGAGGUGUGUGAGAGAGAGAGGUAUGUGAGAUCUUGAGAUUUGUAACGACUGUAUUCUGUUCUACAGACCGACCUAUAACCCUUAACACCUGACCCUUAACACCUGACCUCUAACACCUAAUCGCUAUUCUCUGUCUCCCCCUAUAGGAGUUGAGAGAGCAUGUGUUGAGGGGGGAAAUCACCUAGAGAUUGAUAGAGGCCUCUAGUGACCAAAAGGCAGUAUCGGCAUGUCCAGCGCCAUUGAGGGCUUCCACCAUUUUAACGUAGUCAACUGGGAGGCACUUCCAACUUCAUUGGCCUAUCCCUCCUGGUGACCCUGUUGGAGUCAUGUCCAACCGUGUCAUCAGGAGGGAUCAGCCAAUCGGGAAGAAGAAAAUAGCCUCAAUGGUGCUGCCCAUGCUGUCACAGAUGCUAUAAUGGCACAGAUACAAAGAUGAGUCCUCUAUCUAUCUCUAUGGAAAUACCUUAUCCCGUUCUACAUGUCUACAGACUGACCUCUAACCUCUCCUCUCUGUCUCCCCCUAUAGGAGUUGAGAGAGCGCGUGUUGAGGGGGAAGUACCGUAUCCCGUUCUACAUGUCUACAGACUGACCUCUAACCUCUCCUCUCUGUCUCCCCCUAUAGGAGUUGAGAGAGCGCGUGUUGAGGGGGAAGUACCCGUAUCCCGUUCUACAUGUCUACAGACUGACCUCUAACCUCUCCUCUCUGUCUCCCCCUAUAGGAGUUGAGAGAGCGCGUGUUGAGGGGGAAGUACCGUAUCCCGUUCUACAUGUCUACAGACUGACCUCUAACCUCUCCUCUCUGUCUCCCCCUAUAGGAGUUGAGAGAGCGCGUGUUGAGGGGGAAGUACCGUAUCCCUUUCUACAUGUCUACAGACUGACCUCUAACCUCUCCUCUCUGUCUCCCCCUAUAGGAGUUGAGAGAGCGCGUGUUGAGGGGGAAGUACCGUAUCCCGUUCUACAUGUCUACAGACUGUGAGAACCUACUGAAGAAGUUCCUGAUCCUCAACCCCACCAAGAGAGGCAGCCUGGAGGUCCGUCAGUCACCUUUAACCCCUGACCUCUGUGACCCCUCACCUUUGACCCCUGACAUGUCACCUGGCUAUAAAGUGUUUCCUAACCUGAAUAUCUAAAUACUUCCUAUUUUCUUUGCGUUAACUACAGUUGUCACUCUUGCUAACCACUAUUCCUCUCUCUGUUCUCCUCUCCUCCUUUUCUUAAUCACACCCUUUCCUCUCUUCCCCCCCCUCCUCUCUUCCCCCCCCUCCUCCUCCCCCCCCCCUCCUCUCUUCCCCCCUCCUCUCUUCUCCUCUCUUCCCCCUCCUCUCUUCCUCCUCUCUUCUCUCCCCCUCCUCUCUUCCUCUCUUCUCCCUCCUCUCUUCCCCCUCCUCUCUUCCCCCUCCUCUCUUCCCCUCCUCUGCUCUCUUCUUCUCCUCUGCUCUCUUCUCCUCCUCUGCUCUCUUCUCCUCCUCUGCUCUCUUCUCCUCCUCUGCUCUCUUCUCCUCCUCUGCUCUCUUCUCCUCCUCUGCUCUCUUCCCCCCUCCUCUCUUCCUCCUCCUCUCUUCCCCCCUCCUCUUCUCCUCCUCUCUUCCCCUCCUCUGCUCUCUUCCCCUCCUCUGCUCUCUUCCUCCUCCCCUAUUCUCCUCCUCUCUUCCCCUCCUCUGCUCUCUUCUCCUCCUCUGCUCUCUUCCUCCCCCCUCCUCUCUUCCUCCUCCUCUCUUCCCCCCUCCUCUUCUCCUCCUCUCUUCCCCUCCUCUGCUCUCUUCUCCUCCUCUGCUCUCUUCCCCCCUUCUGCUCUCUUCUCCUCCUCUGCUCUCUUCUUCUCCUCUGCUUUCUCCUCCUCUGCUCUCUUCCCCUCCUCUGCUCUCUUCUCCUCUCUUCCCCUCUUCUGCUCUCUUCUUCUCCUCUGCUCUCUCCUCCUCUGCUCUCUUCCUCCUCCUCUCUUCUCCUCCUCUGCUCUCUUCUCCUCCUCUGCUCUCUUCCCCUCCUCUGCUCUCUUCUCCUCCUCUGCUCUCUUCUCCUCCUCUGCUCUCUUCUCCUCCUCUGCUCUCUUCUCCUCCUCUCCUCUCUUCCCCUCCUCUGCUCUCUCCUCCUCUGCUCUCUUCCUCCUCUCUUCCCCUCCUCCUCUCUCCUCCUCCUCUGCUCUCUUCUCCUCCUCUGCUCUCUUCUCCUCCUCUGCUCUCUUCUCCUCUCCUCCCCGCUUCCCCCCAGCAGCAGAUAAUGAAGGAUAGAUGGAUGAAUGUGGGUCAUGAGGAGGAGGAGUUAAAACCUUACAUAGAACCCAUGCCUGACUACAAGGACCCCAAGAGAACAGGUACACACCCUCUGAAACACCCUCCACACACGCACACCAGCCUCAAAUAGCGCUCAUAGAUUUGUUUCAUUGUAUGUACUGUAUAAUACUAAUAAUAUGUGUGUGUAGAGAUCAUGAUUCAGAUGGGUUACUCCAUGGAGGAGGUGCAGGACUCGCUGGUCAACCAGAAAUACAACGAAGUCAUGGCCACAUAUCUACUGCUGGACUAUACAAACCACGAGGUACACACACACACACACACUACACACACACUACACAAACUCUCUGUCUCUCUCUCUUCUCUCUCCUCUCUCUCUCUCUCCUCUCUCUCUCUCUCUCUCUCUCUCUCUCUCUCUCUCUCUCCUCGUCUCCUCUCUCUCACUUUCUCUCUCUCUCUGAUGGAUUCUCUCCUUUCCUGUUCUCCAGCUGGAUGAGGGUAUCAUUAAGCCCCGCCCAGGAAAUGAACUCUCCAACAGUAACGCCCCCUCCCCGCCCAGCAAGGUGCAGCGCAGCGUAUCGUCCAACCAGAAACCUCGCAGAGCCACUGACCAGGGUGAGAUAAGUGUGUUUGAUUGGAGGGGAGGAAGAAGUAUGAGAUAAUGAAUCCGGUGCGUGGUGAAGUUUCCCCUAGAUGCUGAUCCUGGGUCAGCUCAGCAUUUCCCCCACUAAUGGUUAAAGGGGCAAUGUAGUCAAAAACGUGAUUUUCCUGUGUUUUAUAUGUAUCUCCACCCUAUGAGGUUGGAAUAAUACUUUGAAAUAGUGAAAAUUCUGAUCAUGCACUUUUAGUGGAAGAUGUUUGGCUGGGUGUUUUUUUUUAUUUUUUUUUUGGGACCGCCUGGCGACAUCACCAGAGAAUGUGAGCGGAGCGGGGAGUGGAGCGGGGAGUGGAGCGGGGAGCGGAGCCCAGUUUGACUGGAGCGGGAUUCUUCUCGCCCGCUCUAAUUUCGCUCCAGUAGGGCUCACCUCAGGAGCUCAGGGCACGCCGGCCCAGCAUGCAUCUGUAGGCUACUUGUGUGCUGCCAAUAGCCCCUUGCUUUAGCUACUGUCAUGGAGUUGGCUAAAUAUAUUCCUAAAGAAACUAAUAAAACUCACAGGUGCUAAAUCAAGGUGACUUACAAAGAUGAGGACCAAGAGCAAGCGAGGGAGUGCGGUGAUGUAGUGUCCACAACUAAAUAAUCAUUGUGGAAUCUGAAAAGACACGUAUCCCGAAAGCAUGAUGGUGUACUUACUACGUGCACACGCUAAAAGAAAGGAAGGAGCUGGGUAGAUAACUAACUGUGUCAUUGUAGCAAAGUAUUUAUAAACUAAAUAUCUGAUCUCUUAAACAUUUCCUUCAUUUUUGUUCUAUUAUGUAUACAAUAGGCCAUAAUUGAGUUUGGCCCCAUCUCUGAGAAGUAGAAGUGAAUGGAGGAAGAGCUUUCCGUUUUGAUUGGGUUAUUUUGCCUAAAAACCUUUAGGCCUACCUAUAUAAAAAAUAUAAAAAAACUGCAUCUCUGCCCAGCCUGGCAAGGGUGGCAUCCCCAGUGACUCUGCAAGCGCAGAGAGGAUGUUCUCCGAGCGCAGAGAGGAUGUUCUCCGAGCGCAGAGAGGAUGUUCUCCGAGCGCAGAGAGGAUGUUCUCCGAGCGCAGAGAGGAUGUUCUCCGAGCGCAGAGAGGAUGUUCUCCGAGCGCAGAGAGGAUGUUCUCCGAGCGCAGAGAGGAUGUUCUCCGAGCGCAGAGAGGAUGUUCUCCGAGCGCAGAGAGGAUGGUUCUCCGAGCGCAGAGAGGAGUUCUCCUCCGAGCGCAGAGAGGAUGUUCUCCGAGCGCAGAGAGGAUGUUCUCCGAGCGCAGAGAGGAUGUUCUCCGCUGCUGGCCUGCACUCCAGUCACCAUGACAUGAGCCUGAACUCAGGCCAAACUGGUGUUUCUAAAAAUGAAUUCAAAGGCACUGAGAUUGAGGCAUUUUUUCGUUUUUUUAAAUUGUAUUUAACUCUUAAGUCACAGCCUAUAUGGCGCAAUCUAUAGACUAUAAUGAUUUAAAACAACUAAAUGUUGUUUAAAUGCUGAGCGCUUAAUGUCCCUGGACUCCCUACCAGCCUAGUGUGUCGCACUCACAAAUGUUUCACAAUGCAUUUCUUUGUAGAGUAUAACCUUGAAAUAAUAUAGGCUAAAUAAUUCAUUUUCGUUCCUUCUUAGGCUCCCUGUCUGGCUCCUGACCUAUUUAAAGUGUUUUUAUGCUGUUUAAUACGACAUGAGCGUUGAGUGGGAUUUCCGACUGCUCAACUCCGCUCUCAUACUCUGAUCACCAGGCAGGAUAAGUUAAUAGACCAAUAACAAAGUGUUUGCCCUCCUCUCGGCCAAUAACAGCUGGUUUUCAGGUUACACAUCCUUCCCAUUAGGCUCUCUCUGACCAAUCCCAGACAGUCUAAAUUCUUGCUUGAGAAAUAGCAUUUUGCUAAGAAGCUAUUUGUUGUUUGUUUUUGGCUGUUUUAAUUGAAAACAAUCACAGUAAGGUACUUCACUGUUACCCAGAAAUUAUUUGAUAUCGAGAAAAAAUUAUUGCUGUAUUGGACCUUUUUAAAGUUCGGAUUGGGGGAGGGGAAGCUGAUCCUAGAUAUGAAGCCAGUUCGGAUUGGGGGAGGGGAAGCUGAUCCUAGAUAUGAAGCCAGUUCGGAUUGGGGGAGGGAAGCUGAUCCUAGAUAUGAAGCCAUUCGGAUUGGGGGAGGGGAAGCUGAUCCUAGAUAUGAAGCUAGUUCGGAUUGGGGGAGGGAAGCUGAUCCUAGAUAUGAAGCCAGUUCGGAUUGGGGGAGGGGAAGCUGAUCCUAGAUAUGAAGCCAGUUCGGAUUGGGGAGGGAAGCUGAUCCUAGAUAUGAAGCCAGUUCGGAUUGGGGGAGGGGAAGCUGAUCCUAGAUAUGAAGCUAGUUCGGAUUGGGGGAGAGGAAGCUGAUCCUAGAUAUGAAGCCAGUUUCGGAUUGGGGGAGGGAAGCUGAUCCUAGAUAUGAAGCCAGUCGGAUUGGGGAGGGAAGCUGAUCCUAGAUAUGAAGCAGUUCGGAUUGGGGGAGGGGAAGCUGAUCCUAGAUAUGAAGCCAGUUUCGGAUUGGGGGAGGGGAAGCUGAUCCUAAUAUGAAGCUAUUCGGAUUGGGGGAGGGGAAGCUGAUCCUAGAUAUGAAGCUAGUUCGGAUUGGGGGAGGGGAAGCUGAUCCUAGAUAUGAAGCUAGUUCGGAUUGGGGGAGGGGAAGCUGAUCCUAGAUAUGAAGCUAGUUCGGAUUGGGGGAGGGGAAGCUGAUCCUAGAUAUGAAGCCAUUCGGAUUGGGGGAGGGGAAGCUGAUCAGAUAUGAAGCCUUCGGAUUGGGGGGUGGAAGCUAUCCAGAUUGACCCAGUCUCGGAUUGGGAGGGGAACUGAUCUCACUAUUAAUCCAGUUCGGAUUGGGGGUGACUGAUCCUAGAUUGAGUCCAUUCGAUUGGGGGCAGGGGAAGCUGAUCCUAGAUAUGAACCGAGAUUCGUUGGGGAGGGGAAGCUGAUCUAGAAGCAGUCUCGGAUUGGGAGGGGAGCUAUCCUAGAUAUGAAGCUUCGGGAUGAAAUUGCAUAGUGCCUAUGUACUUAUCAUCUCCCUCUCCCUCGUCCCCUCCCACUCUCUCACCGCUCAGUCUCUCUCAGGGCUUCUCCAAGGGCGUGGCCAAGUGAUAAAGGGGUGGAUUCCUGUAGGAAAGGUCUGGCAUUGCUCGGCCAAAGUUUCGCCAGUCCGCUGGUCUCCGACCGAAGAAAAUGCCCUACACCCUCUACCCCACCUCCACACCCACUCACCCCCACCCCACCACACUCGCACACCCUCCCCAUUAUUAUGGGUGCGUGUUCCAAUUGAUGUCUUUUACUGUUUUAUACCCGUUAUACCCUGUCCUCUCCCUCUCUCUCUCUCUCCCCUCUCCCCCCCCCUCUCUCCCCCCUCUCUCUCUCCCCCCUCUCUCUUCUCCCCCCCCCCUCUCUCUCCCCCCCCCCCCUCUCUCUCUCUCUCUCCCACCCCCUCUCUCUCUCUCUACCCCCCUCUCUCUCUCUCGCUCUCUACAGAAUAGCAUAUUGUCGAGUGGUACGGGUCGCAGCAGAAACUCUCCUCUCUCUGAGAGAGCUUCGCUGGGCCAGGGGGUACAGAACGGCAAAGACAGGUACCCCCACACACACACACACACACAGACACAGACACACACACACACACAGACACACACAGACAGAGCUCCGGCUGCUAUUCCUUGCAAGGUUUUAGUCCCCAGCCGCUUUCCAGUUGGCCCAGGCCGGCAUGGUGAGCCGUCCUGGGCAUGGAAAUCAUCCAUCAGUGGGGAUUUAGGCCUGAUUGGAUCACCUAGUAGACUAGGAUUACUGACUACACGACAGGCUGGUUGACACACGCGAGGAUGGAUACACACACACACACACACACACACACAUACACACACACACACACACACCCUUACUUGUAGCCAUUAGACUCUCUUCCUCCCUUCACUUCUACGUUUAUCUUUAAGAAGAUACAGUACUAUCCCUCCCUGCCAUCUCUGUUUUUCCUCCCUGCCAACUGUCAGUUCUCUCUACCUUUCCAACUGUCAGUUCUCUCUACCUUUCCAACUGUCAGUUCUCUCUACCUUUCCAACUGUCAGUUCUCUCUACCUUUCGCAACUGUCAGUUCCUCUAACCCUUUCCAACUGUCAGUUCCUCUCCUCUACCUCUAACUCUCUAGCCUUUCCAACGUCAGUUUCUCUCUAAAACUUCCACUGUCAGUUCUCUCUACUACCUUUUCCAAACUGUCGUUCUCUUCUACCUUUCCACUGUCAGUUCUCUCUAACUACCUUUCCAACUGUCAGUUCUCUCUCUCUCUUCUCUCUAAUUCUCUACCUUCCAACUGUCCGUUCUCUCUACCUUUCCAACUGUCGUUCUCUCUACCUUUCCGACUGUCAGUUCGCUCUACCUUUCCAACUUGUCAGUUCUCUCUUACCUUUCCCCAACUGUCGAGUUCUCUCUCUCUAGACCUUUCCAACUGCUGUCAGUUUGUUCUCAUCUACCUUUCCAACUGUCAGUUCCUCUACCCUUUCCCCUGUCGUUCUCUCUAAUCUCUCUCUACCUUUCCAACUGUGCCAGUUCGCUCUCCCUUUCCAACUGUCAGUUCCUCUCUCCUUUCCAACUGUCAGUUCUCUCUAGGACCUUUCCAACUGUCAAGUGUUCUCUCUACCUUUCCAACUGUUCAUGUUCUCUCUACCUUUCCAACGUCCAGUUCUCUCUCUCUCUACCUUUCCAACUGUCAGUUUCUCUCUAACCUUUUCCAAACUGUUCAGUUCUCUCUAACUUUCCAACUGUCAGUGUCUCUCUACCUGUCCGACUGUCAGUUCUCUUCUACCUUCCGGGAUCAGUUUCCCUCUACUUCUUUCCCACGUCGUGUCUCUCUACUACCUUUCCAACUGUCAGUUCUCUCUAUCUCUAACUUCCACAUGUCAGUUUCUCUCUACCGAUGUUCCAACUGUCAGUCUCUCUACCUUUUCCAACUGUCAGUUUCUCUCUACCUUUCCAACUGUCAGUUUCUCUCUAUUUUCUCUCCUCUAUCUCUCUACCUUUCCAACUGUCAGUUCUCUCGACGCUUUCCAAGUUUCCAACUGUCGUUCUCUCUACUACCUUUCCAAACUGUCAGUUCUCUCUACCUUUCCACUGGGUCCGUUCUCUCUACCCUUUCCAACUGUCAGUUUCUCUCUACCUUUCCAACUGUCAUGUUCUCUCUACCUUUCCAACUGUAUUUCUCGUCUACCUUUCCAACUGUCAGUUCUCUUCUCUCGGGAAUAAACAGAUGCAUCACAUGCCCUGCAAGUCGACCCCACACAACUUCAAAACCUGCCAUUCUUAGUAAUCCACUAGCUAUGCAUUAACCACCACAAUGCAUACCAGGCUUGAAAUUUGAUUCAGUGCAUUCUGCCCAUUGGAAUCAUCAUUUAAAAAAUGAAUAAUUAAUAUUUUGAAUAAUGUACUUCAUAUUGAAAUCAUUGUCAUAAAAUAAGCAUCUUAAACGGACACAUUUAAAAUGAUUAUUUUGAAGUGUUUUGAUUCUAAAUCUAUUAAGUGUGUUUCUUCUAUGUAGAACUGCACUCUACCCUGGUUAUCAUGCUUCAUCAUUUAAAUGGCACCCUAUUCCCUAUGUAGUGCACUACUUAUGGCUAACCCUACAUGGCUCAUGUUCAAAAGUAGUGUGCUACAUAGGGAAUAGGGUGUGAUUUGACACUGAGUGUCAUUAGAUUGUCCCAAAUGGCACCCUAACCCCUAUAUAUUGGGCCCUGGUCAAAGGUAGUGCACUAUAUAGGGAAUAUGGUGCCAUUUUAGACGCAUACCAUGUCAUGUUGACAUUAGCUUGUGUUGAUCAUCAUUAACCUAAAUUCCAAAGUGGUUGAGUUGUGCCACCUUCCCUCCCUCUCUUCCCCCACCCCCCCCACCCCCACCCCCCCCCCUCCCUUCCCCCCCCCUCCCUCCCUCUCUUCCCCCCCCCCUCCCUCUCUUCCCCCCCCCUCCCUCCCUCUCUUCCCCCGUCCCUACUCCCUCCCUCUCCUUCCCCCGCCCUCCCUCCCUCUCUAUCCCCCUCCUCCCUCUCUUCCCCCCCUCCCCUCCCUCCCUCUCUAUAAACCCCCCCCCUCCUCCUCACCCCGGGUCUCUUCCCCCCCCUCCCCCCUCCUACUCCCUCCCUCUCUUCUUACCCCUCCUCCUCACCUCCCCCCCCCCCCCCCCCCCCCCCCCCCUCCUCUUCCCUUCCCCCCCUCCCCCCUCUCUUCUUCCACUCCCUCUCUUCCCCCCCUCCCCCUGCCUCCUUCUCUUCCCCUCUUCCCCCUUCUGCCCCUCUUCUCCCCUCCCUCCGCCCUCUCUCCCCUCCCUCCAUCCUCCUCUCUUGUGUGUUCCCCUCCUCUUCUCCUCCCCUUCCUCUCGCCCCCCUCUUCUCUCCUUCUCAUCUCCUGUUCUCUCUGUCUCUGUCUCUCUCUCUCUCUCUCCAUUUCUCGGUCUCUGUCCUCUGUCUCUCUCUCUCUGUCUCUCUGUCUCUCGUCUCUCUCUCUGUCCCCUGGUCUCUGUCUCUGUCUCUCUGUCUCUCUGUUCUUCUCUCUGUCUCUCUUUCCUCUCUUCUCCUUUCUCUCUCUCAUCUCCUCCCUCUCUCUCUCUCUCUCUCUCUCUCUCUCCUCUCUCUCUUCUCUCUCUCACUCUCGUCGCUCCUCCUCUCUCUCUCUCUCUCUGUCUGUUGGUGGUGUGUGUUGUAAGGGUCUGCAGACUGCCUCUAGAGUUUGGCUUAACCACACACACACAACUCCAGUCCUCAGCCUGAAUGAAUACUGUUAUUUUUCCAACCACAAGCCAGGCUAAUCCCUGUCCGUCUGUCUGUCGGUCUUCCUCCUCUCCUUUGUGCUAUGUAUGGCGUUCUGUUCACUAUGUCAUCAGCAGUCUGUUGCUUUGACCUCCUUGACCUUCUCCUCUCUCUGUCUCUCUUUGCAUGUCUCUCUCCUCGCUCUUGCGUCCUCUCUCCUCUCUCUCUCGUUGCUGUCAUCGUCCUCUCUCAUCCUUGCUUUUUCUCUCUCUCUAACAUGUUUCUAUUCUUUCGUCUCUCUUCUCUCUUUCUUUCUCUUCUCUCUCGUCCUCUAAUUGUCUUUUGGUCUCUCUGGUUCUCUUUCUUUCUCUCUCCCUCUCUUUCUUUUCCUGCACUCUGGACCUGUCGACGGCGUCCUGGUACUUCUGUUGUUGCUCGUUCCUGUCUCGUCUCUCUUUUCUCUCGCGGGCCGCUCGUCGAAACUUUUCUUUCCUCACUUCUCUCUCGUCUUUCAUUUCUCUCAUGCUCUCUCUUGCUGCUACUCUCUCUCUUUCUUCCUCUCCCUCUCCCUCUCUUGCUGGCUUGGGCUGUCCUCUCUCUCUCUUGCUGUCCCUCUCUCUCUCCUUAGCUGUCCUCUCCUCUUUCUCGCUUUCUCUCUCAUCUACCUCACUUCCUGCUCGCUCACUCCCAGCUUCAAGGGCGUCCUGCUCGACGAUAAGUCAGUACUUGCGGCUCUGCCCAGGCAAUCCGUGGGGGGAUAGGCUUCUCCUGACGAAAAUUGCGUGCGUCUGAAAUUGCGUCCUGGGAUCAGGGUCUCGGGCGGACCGAAGGCGCAGGGAGUGGCGGGUGCGGCAGUGCGUGGAUGUCAUGGAUGUCGUCACUGGGCGAGGAUACCGUGCUUCCUUCGGGACUCCAGAGGACCCGGGGCUUAAAAUCGCUCCUCGGGGGGUGGUGAGGCUCUCGGUAUUGUUCGGUGCGAGAGUGUAA